UGUGGCCAUAACUGUUCAUAUUGCCAAACUAAGUUCUGUGCACGCUGUGGAGGAAGAGUAUCUUUACGGUCAAAUAAGGUAAUGUGGGUAUGUAACUUGUGCCGAAAACAACAAGAAAUCCUCACAAAAUCAGGAGCCUGGUUCUAUAACAGUGGAUCAAACGCACCACAGAAGCCUGACCAAGAAGGUACUAGAGGUCUGCGGAACGAGGAAGCACCUCAAGAGAAAAAAGCAAAGCUCCAAGAGCAUUUGCAGUACCAAGGACCACCAGGUGACAUAUCCACACAAGUUUUGGACAAAAACAGAUCUCAAGGACUCACCAGGCAAGACUCGAUUAAGAAUGGUUCUGGAGUAAAGCACCAAGUAACAAGUGACACAACAUCAGACAGGAAAAGAAGCCCAUCAAUAUCAAGAGAACAGAACAGAAGAUACGACCAAAGGGAAGAGAGAGACGAAUAUUCACAGUAUGCUACAUCAGACAGUGCGAUGCCCAGGUCACCAUCAGAUUAUUCCGAUAGGCGGUCACAGCGUGGCCCUCAGUUAUACGAAGAGCCUGAACUGGGUGAUUAUAGAGAUUCCAACAGGAGGAGUCGCAGGCGUUCCAAGGAGUAUCCGGUAGAAGAGGAGGAUGCACAGAACAGGGAGGAAUAUGAAAGGCAAAGGAGAGAAGAGGAAUAUCAGGCACGAUACAGAAGUGAUCCUAACUUGGCUCGUUAUCCAGUCAAACCACAACCAUAUGAGGAACAAAUGCGUAUCCAUGCUGAAGUGUCCCGAGCACGUCAUGAAAGGAGACAUAGUGAUGUCUCAUUGGCAAAUACUGAGUUGGAAGAUUCCCGGAUAUCUAUGCUGAGGAUGGAACGACCCUCAAGGCAAAGAUCGGUGUCUGAGCGCAGAGCUGCCAUGGAAAAUCAACGUUCAUACUCUAUGGAAAGAACUCGAGAGGCUCAGGGACCAAGUCCCAAUCGUCAGAGGACCACAAAUCAUAGCCCUCCUACACCUAGGAGGAGUCCAAUUCCUCUGGAAAGACCGGACAUGAGGCGCUCUGAUUCAUUAAGGAAACAACACCAUUUGGAUCCCAAUUCUGCUGUACGGAAAACGAAACGGGAAAAGAUGGAGACCAUGUUACGGAAUGAUUCACUCAGCUCAGACCAGUCUGAAUCUGUCAGACCUCCGCCACCAAAGCCCCAUAAAACAAAAAAGGGAGGUAAAAUGCGCCAGGUUUCAUUAAGUAGCUCAGAAGAAGAAUUGGCAUCUACUCCAGAGUACACGAGUUGUGAUGAUGUGGAGAUUGAAAGUGAAAGCGUUAGUGAAAAAGGAGACAUGGAUUACAACUGGUUGGACCAUACGUCUUGGCAUAGCAGUGAGGCAUCCCCAAUGUCUUUGCAUCCAGUAACUUGGCAACCGUCCAAAGAUGGAGACCGUCUCAUUGGUCGGAUUUUAUUAAAUAAGCGACUAAAAGAUGGAAGUGUGCCGAGAGACUCAGGAGCAAUGCUUGGAUUGAAGGUAGUAGGAGGAAAGAUGACUGAAUCAGGUCGACUCUGUGCAUUUAUCACCAAAGUUAAAAAAGGAAGCUUAGCUGAUACCGUGGGCCAUCUUAGACCAGGUGAUGAAGUGCUGGAAUGGAAUGGAAGGUUACUACAAGGAGCUACCUUUGAGGAGGUAUAUAACAUCAUUUUAGAGUCCAAACCUGAGCCACAAGUGGAGCUUGUUGUUUCAAGACCAAUUGGGGAUAUUCCCAGAAUACCUGACAGCACACAUGCACAGCUGGAGUCCAGUUCUAGUUCCUUUGAAUCUCAGAAAAUGGACCGACCUUCUAUUUCAGUGACUUCUCCUAUGAGUCCUGGCAUGUUAAGGGACGUUCCACAGUUCUUGUCUGGACAACUUUCAAUAAAACUGUGGUACGACAAGGUUGGUCAUCAGUUAAUAGUGACAAUACUGGGAGCAAAGGAUCUUCCUUCAAGGGAAGAUGGGAGGCCAAGGAAUCCUUAUGUUAAAAUUUAUUUUCUUCCAGACAGAAGUGAUAAAAAUAAAAGAAGAACAAAAACAGUAAAGAAAACAUUGGAACCCAAGUGGAACCAGACAUUUAUUUAUUCUCCAGUUCAUCGGAGAGAAUUUAGAGAACGAAUGUUAGAAAUUACCCUUUGGGACCAAGCACGAGUUCGGGAGGAAGAAAGUGAAUUUUUAGGAGAGAUUCUUAUUGAGUUAGAGACAGCACUACUAGAUGAUGAACCUCAUUGGUACAAACUUCAAACACAUGAUGUCUCUUCAUUGCCACUUCCCCAUCCCUCACCAUAUUUGCCACGAAGACAGCUCCAUGGCGAGAGUCCCACGCGGAGGUUACAAAGGUCCAAAAGAAUCAGUGACAGUGAAGUCUCUGAUUAUGACUGUGAUGAUGGAAUUGGUGUGGUUUCAGAUUAUCGACAUAAUGGAAGAGACCUCCAAAGUUCAACGCUAUCAGUGCCAGAACAAGUUAUGUCAUCUAAUCAUUGCUCUCGAUCAGGGUCCCCUCACCGUGGAGAUAGUAUAGGACGGACAAGAUCGUGGUCUCCCAGUGUCCCUCCCCCACAAAGUCGGAAUGUGGAUCAGGGACCAAGAGGGACACGAUCUACUGCUGCACAUUACAAUACCCUGAACCGAAUGGAAAGACACCGUGCAAUAGAUGACCACUACUCCCCGGACAGAGAGAGGAAUUGUGAAGCAGCAGAUAGACAGCCAUAUCAAAGAUCCAGAUCAACAGAGCAACGUCCUAUGCUAGAGCGGACCAACUCCCGCUCCCGAUCCACAGAGCGUCCUGACUCAAACCUCAUCAGGUCGAUGCCUUCAUUAAUGACUGGAAGAUCUGCCCCUCCUUCACCUGCCUUACCGAGGUCACAUCCUCGAACUGGGUCUGUUCAGACAAGUCCAUCAAGUACUCCAGUAGUAGGAAGAAGGGGCAGGCAGUUACCACAGCUCCCACCAAAAGGGACUUUGGAGAGAAGUAAGUGUGUGGUUUUCUCCUUAAUGACAUUGCAAAAUGCUCGUGGAGGUCAAGUGUGUUUCUUAUUUCUCUUUGGGGAAUUAAAACUCUUGAGUUUUUACAAUGGAGACAAGGAGAUAGAACCUUAUGAAGGUCUGUACAUAAAGGAGGGUUCGUUUUUCACCCGAAAGCCUUUGUGA